CAAACAAGUCAAAAAAGAGUGAGAAUGCAAUAGCAACACCCCGUGGAGGUAGACUAUGUUCAGGCCUAAAUUGGAGAAGUGUGUUGGGACUGUCACAGUUUAAGUGCAUGGUCGCAACAAAGCGAAAAGUGCAUCCAGCCCAGAUGGAAAUAAUUUGAAUUUACAAUCGACGCGGUGAUAGAAAGGCGUUAAAUGUUUCUAAACUAUAGUCUACCGUCUUGACAAAAUGACCCGUUUUGGCUGCGGGUUUCACUCUUUUGGACGAGGCGUCUCUCCCAUUCACCUCUUCAUCGCACUUCUGACGGUCCUGGACAACUGCAACACAUUGGGAUUAACACAUGAAGCAGAGAGGUUUCUGCAGGAUCUGCCUCAGUAUGAAGUGGUUCACCCGACUAGAGUGGAUGCCAAAGGUCACUUCCUGUCCAACUUCCUGUCUCACCAUGCUCGCCGUGUACAGCGCCGGGAAGCCUCAGAGGGAACAGCGGACGUAGAUCGAGUCUUCUACCAGUUGUGGCAUGGCGGACACAGUUUUCACUUUAACCUCACGCUCAACCCACACCUGCUGGCUCCGGGCUUCCUGACGGAGAGAAGGUACGGUGGCCUGGAUGGGGCCCAGAUCCAUUCUCCUGGAUCCUCCCGGUGCCAUUUCUUAGGUGACGUGUGGGAUGAGGCCGUAGGUAAAGGAAGUGCAGCCAUAAGUACCUGUGAUGGACUGACAGGACUGUUCAAGUUGUCUGAUGAAGAGUUUUUUAUUCAGCCUCUGGAGAAGUGGAGCGAUGAGACCUCAGCCCCACAGGCCCAUGCCAUCUACAAACGCCAUGCGUCCUCUCCCUCCUGGAGUCCAGUCGUACUGCCCAGCUCAGGGAAACAAGCUCUCAACGGUACCUGUGGAAUCAAAAAUUCACAACAAACUUCUGAAGACAUUGAGAGGCAGCGGGAGCGGUGGGAGCAUCGCCAGAAGAGAAGGAGGAGAAUUCGUCAACGCUCAGUCAGCAAGCAGAAGUGGGUAGAAACGCUGGUGGUGGCCGACCCUAAAAUGGUGGAGCAUCAUGGGAGCAAAGCUGUGGAAAGCUACGUCCUGGCUGUCAUGAACAUUGUGGCGGGUCUGUUCCGAGAUCCCAGUAUUGGAAACGCAAUCAACAUUGUGGUUGUUCGACUCAUCCUACUGGAGCAGGAUGAGGAUGACUUAAAGAUUACACAUCAUGCUGACAACAGCUUGAGUAGCUUCUGUAAGUGGCAGAAGAAACUCAACAUGAAAGGAGAGGAACACCCGCUCCACCACGAUGUAGCGGUUCUGCUCACCAGGAAGGACAUCUGUGCAGCUACCAACAUGCCCUGUGAGACGCUGGGUCUGUCCCAUGUGGCCGGGAUAUGUCAGCCGCAUCGCAGUUGCAGCAUUAGUGAGGACACUGGCCUCCCUUUGGCCUUCACUGUAGCUCAUGAGCUGGGACACAACUUUGGGAUUCAGCAUGAUGGCAACGGUAAUGACUGUGAACCCAUUGGGAAACGACCUUUCGUCAUGUCUCCACAGCUCCUGUACGGCACCUCCCUGCCCAGGUGGUCACGCUGCAGCCGGCAAUAUAUCACCCGCUUCCUAGAUCGCGGCUGGGGCUGGUGCCUUGAUGAUGCCCCGGUGAAAGAUGAACUCUCUCUGAGCUCGGUGCUUCCUGGGGUUCUGUACAGCGCUGCUCAUCAGUGUCGGCUGCAGUAUGGAUCUGGAUCCCUGCUCUGCGAUGACAUGGACAAUGUGUGCAGCACGCUGUGGUGCACUGUGGGAACGACCUGCCACUCGAAGCUGGAUGGGGCUGUGGAUGGGACUAGUUGUGGGGAGGACAAGUGGUGUUUCAGUGGACAGUGUGUGGCAGUUGGAUAUCAGCCAGAGAGUGUAAAUGGUGGCUGGGCAUCGUGGAGCGAGUGGUCGGCCUGUUCGAGGACGUGUGGGGCUGGAGUCCGCAGCGCCCAGAGAGACUGUGAUAACCCAGUUCCCAAGUACAGAGGGAACUAUUGUUUGGGAGAGAGACGGAGGUACAAGAUCUGCAACACCACACCGUGUCCGCAUGACCUGCCCACCUUCAGAGACAUCCAGUGUAGUCACUUCAACACAUUGCCGUACAAGGGCAAGUUCUACAAGUGGGAAGCAGUCAUCAACAAAGGUGGCCCUUGUGAACUCCACUGCCGUCCUCUGAAUGAACAUUUUUCUGAUAAGAUGCAGGACACUGUCACUGAUGGGACACCGUGCUACAAAGGCAACACAAGCAGAGAUAUGUGCGUCAAUGGCAUCUGUAAGAAUUUAGGCUGUGACUAUGUGAUUGACUCCAGUGCCGUGGAGGAUCGCUGUGGGGUGUGUCAUGGUAACGGCUCCACCUGUACAACUGUGAGGAGAACAUUUGAGGAGACUGAAGGACUCGGCUAUGUAGACAUUGGACUGAUCCCAGAGAGAGCUUGGGACAUCCGCAUUGAGGAAGUAGCUGAAGCUGGGAACUUCUUGGCGUUACGAAGUGACAACCCCAACAAGUAUUUUCUGAAUGGCGGCUGGACGAUCCAGUGGAAUGGAGAGUACAAGGCAGCCGGGACAAUAUUCACCUACGAGAGGACGGGACACCUGGAGAACCUGACGUCUCCUGGGCCCACCAUGGAACCUCUGUGGAUUCAGCUUCUCUUUCAGGAGACAAACCCAGGAGUGAGGUACGAGUACACAAUCAGUCGCAAUGUCUCGGAGGACAACGACAUCCCUGCGUCAGUUUUCUUCUGGAAAUAUGGUUCAUGGACUGAAUGCAGUGUCACCUGUGGAACAGGUGUUCAGAGGCAGAUUGUUCACUGUGUGGAAAAGACAAUUGGGAUAGUGGAACAGCGCUUCUGUGACCCUUUAACCCGGCCCGACGAUAACCGAACCAGCUGUUACAAGGAUCCAUGUCCAGCCAUAUGGUGGGUCGGGGAGUGGAAGAAAUGCUCGACGAGCUGCGGAAGCUCUGGCCUGACUAAAAGGACAGUGUUCUGCAUCCAGGCAGUAAGUGCUGAGGAGCAGAAAGCGCUGCAGCCGAGUGCAUGUAAACACAUGCCCAAACCUGAGUCACGAUCCUCCUGCAACACUCACAUCCCCUGUCCAGCAGACUGGGUCACCGGCAGCUGGUUGAAGUGUUCACUGACCUGUGGAAGUGGAGUACGUCGCCGUGAUGUAACCUGCUCGAGAAACACAGGCCUUGACUGUGACCCUCAGAAGAAGCCCCUUGCUGUCAGCACCUGCUACAUCCAAGACUGUGCACAAGUGGUGGAUAAUUUCGGAGGUAUCGAGUGGUCCGGAAGUGGCUGGUCGAGCAAAGAAGUGCUCAAUGAAAUUAACUCCAUACCUGAGGUCAAACCUCCUCCCAAAUACAGCACCACCAGAGCCCAGCCAAGAAGUAAUAAUAAUAAUAACCCUAACAACAUUGUUGAGGGAGACUUUAACUACCACAAUAAUAUUGAAAAUACAGAAAACGGUGUUCAAGUGGAUGAUUUUUACUAUGACUAUAAUUUUAUUAAUUUCCAUGAAGACUUGUCGGAUGACUCUGAGAGUGAUGGAAAAGAUUCCGGUGACAGUGCUCCACAGGGGGCCAAGCCAACCGGCACUAUAAAAGAAAACACGUACAUAGAAACCACAAGAGCUCCUUCAGCCAUUUCUACAAUUUCAAAGGCCACUGCCUACAUUUUGAAAACUGAAGAGCCACAGAACAUAAAUCAGGACGAAACAAAGGACAACGGAAAUAUAGCAACAAAGGAGUCCGUGCAAACAAACUUUGAAAAUGUGGACGACUUCCUUUCUGAGGAUUAUCUUCUGCCUGUGUCCACCACUCGCUUACCGCUAUUGUCUACAACUCAGCAUUUACAAACACCUAGAGAGGAUGAUGAGGAUGUGAGUUGGAUGGAAAACAUUAGCACGAUGCCAAGUCUGGUUUUCACUACAGAGGAGCCUACACAGGAAGUGAAGUGGGAGCAAUAUGUGGAGGAGGUGGAAAAAAACUAUGACAUUUUCCCAGAGAAAGAAAAUUAUACUGAGAAUGUCACUGUGACUGAAAAAUAUGCUGCCCCUAUUCUCGGACUUCAAACCACUGUCAAAACCGUUGCGAGAACAGGGGAGAAUCAGGGGACGGAAGAACAUGAGGAUUAUGAUGACAGCUACGAUGAAAAGGGUACGCUAGGUCCAGAUGUCUCUGCAGGCCAGGGAGAGGUCGACAGUCCAGAGCCUUUAGGCUCUCCCACGCCAGAAACUAUACUCCAGGUUAAGACUGGAGUGCAAUUGGACGAAAGUGCAUUAGAAAUACCUCAAACAACCAGUCAAUCAACAAUAUCUCCAACUGCCUUUACAUUGGAGGAUUUGGACUUGGAUCAGACUAAUUUUAAUACAGUAUAUGUCACUAGCAAGGUUAACUUAUGGGAUACGCACCUUGACCUCAGUACAACCUCCCUUCCUGCCUCUGAGACAUCCACUUCUCUCCCCAUUCCCUUUCUGCUAAUCUCAGGUAACCAAGAGGCCUCUGAUGACUCCACGUCAUUAACUGGAACAGAAACUGUACCUCCUACAAACCUGGAGGGAGCCACUCCGCCUUCUCCAGCUGAUUUCCUGCCAGCAACAGUGAAAGAAAUACCGACAAAACCCGCCUUCACCGAGAAAGCUGGAACAGAUUCCACAUCCCGAGCUCCACCGUUUCAUUCAGCUGAUUUCGACUACAAUGAAAUAAUGGUCCCCCCAAUGGUGAGGAGCAGCAGUAAUACUGCUCCCAGCCCUUCAUACCAGCUUCCAACAAACAUAGCAACCACUCCUCAACAUAGCACAGCACCAGGACAGGACAUGGAAUCACCAACACCUGCUGUGCCCAUUUUGCCAACCCCUCCACCUAUUCUGUGGCCCCUUCCAUUGCCAACAUCUGCCCCAACUUCAGCCUCCACACAAGUGACUACCUCUGCCUACUGGGUCACCGGCAACUGGAGCGCUUGCUCCACCAGCUGUGGUCUGGGUGCCAUCUGGAGGACUUUGGCUUGCAGUACUGACUCUGACUGCGAUCCGGCCAAGAGGCCAGCCCCAGCCCAGCGAUGUUACCUGCGCCCCUGCUCCACAUGGAAAGUUGAGGAAUGGAGUGAGUGCUCCAAGAAUUGUGAAGGUGGUGUUAAAUCACGGGAGGUCCAGUGUUUUGACUUGCGGGAUCAAAGGCCCCUACGGCCUUUCCACUGCCGGGCUAUGUCCUCCAGACCACAAACCCAGAUGACCUGUAACCUUCAGCUAUGUCUCGACUGGUACACCUCGUCCUGGGGUCAGUGCUCUGAGGUGUGUGGGGGAGGUGAGCAGCAACGCAUGGUCACUUGUCCAGAAGAGGAUCAAUGCGAUGGGAACCUUCAGCCCGACACCAUCCAAUCAUGUAAUAACCAGCCUUGUGCUCAGUGGCUUACUGGAUCAUGGGGACAGUGUUCGGCUUCUUGCGGUGGCGGAGUGCAGCGUAGGCUCAUCAAAUGUGUGAACACAAAGGCGGAGACGGACGAAGAAGUGGAUCAAGCUCCUUGUGACCAUGAGCUGCAUAUGGAGAGCACCCAGAAGUGCAAUUUACAGGAGUGUGAGAGCGGCCCCUCUGGAGCAGUUUGCCUUCGUGAUCGGCUAACGUUUCGUUUCUGUCACACUCUUCGCUGGCUCGGCCGUUGCCACUUGCCCAACGUACGAGCACAGUGCUGCAAAACCUGCAGCCAGCGUUCUCGCUCCAGCAGCACGUCUCGCCACUGAGCCUCAACAAAGUAACCACUCAUCAACAGGAACACUCAUGAAAUAUAAAUCAUCAUUUAAAGUCAACAAUCUGAGCCCUUUCCUGAUUUCUGUUUUCUAAUUAUUCAGACUAAUUAUGAAUUGGUCCCACAACUCUGUAUGUUUGUGCUGGGGAUAUUAUUAAACAGAGCAUUGCCUCUCUCCUAGCCAAACAAUUAGAAUGUAAAUAUGUGUUUGCACUUUUAAUAUUUUACAGUAUGACCAGAGUGACAUUUUAUAAUCAAGACUUCUUUGUAACAGAUGUGACGCUACAUAUCAAUGUAGCCAGCUUAAUAAUGCAUUAUUACAUAUGUGGAUAAACCACUUAUUAACCUUUACGGUUGGUACAACGCUUUCAAUCUAUUGACAGCAGCAGAAACUAAACAGAUUAAAACAGACCGGUAUACCAUUUCCAAUGUGUUUUUUUAAACGUAUAAUGUGGUACAACUGUUAUGACAUAAAUGCUUCAUGUGAGUUUAUAAAUAAUUGACUUUUAUUUGCUAAGCCCCACCCCCCUCAGGUUGGUACACCUGACAAGCUUUCAGACUAAUGGCUAAUGAUUUGCUAACUCUUGGCCUUGGAAGUAACCUAGAUAGCUAUAGUUAGCCAGACGUGCUAAAGUUAGCAGCUUACAUUAGCUCAUUCAUUGUUACACUUUUUUGUUUUUGUAAAGGAUAAAGCGACACCACCAUACAAACCAUUCGCUCAAACACUGAGUGAGUGAUUCAAGUAUUUCUUUUGGCAACAGUAUCUUUAUCCAACUAAAUUCUCAGCUCACUGGCUUAUCGACUACGUUCGACUACAUGCUUUGCCCAUCACUAUUGUUAGGCAUGCAGUGCCUAGUUAUGGUUGCUAAGCUAUGAUUGGACAAUCGCUGUUCGGGGGAGGGAUUUAGGAAAUGGUCAGCUGGACUGUUUAAUGUCUGGCUUGUAAAAAGCUUUUUGCAGUAGUUGUAUCAGUAAAAACAUUUAGAAGGUCACACUUUGGCUUCACCACACUCCUUUUUUAAAGUCGCAGAGUAAAAAGUAAAUGAGAAAAGUGGAGCUUCAGAAUAUACUUGGCGCUAGAGGUCGCACAGGCUCCAAACGUUUCAAGUCAGGUAUUGGCAGGCCCAGUGCCUUAUCUAUUUGAAUAUUGGAUCAUUUGAUGGUAUUGUUUUUUAUUAACCUAGAUUGAAAUAUGAGUCAAAUUUAGCAUUUCAUAAAUUAUUCAAAAUUCACUAAGUCAAAUUCAUAUGACAAUAGGUCUAGUACGGUGUAUUAAAGAAUUUGCUUUAUAUCAAGUAUUUUAUACUUUUUUACAACUGUGGUUUUUAGUUUAGGAACUGAACACAAUUGGUGUUAGCACUGACAGGUACAGCAUAUAGGCUGCAAAAUUGAAAAGCAGUUAAGACUUAAUGUUGUCCAUCCCCGGCAGCUGCAGUGCCUUCUUAUCCUCUUGUAUUUCUCUAUGCUGUUUAAUGUCUAAAACAAAAAGACAUAUCUGUUGCUAUAUUGAACAGAAAAUCCAUUCUUUAAAGAGAAAAAUAAUCAAUGUUGUGCUUUUUUUUGCAAUAGGCUGAGAUAAGAUGCCUAUAGUCUAUAGUCUAUAGUCAUCCCAUGAAUAGAGUUGUUGACGCAACGCUGCAGCUUUAAGGAAUCAUUCAUUUGCUGGAAGUUGUGGUUUUGUAAAUGUAAAGCGUUUGUAUGAUGCAAAACCUUUUUGUUGACGUACACUCUUUUCUCAAGCAACUGUAUACACAAGCAACACAGGGACCGAGUUACAGUCGGAGUCAAUACAUCUCACACAGUUGGAAUAAUGCAGACUUAUACUUUACUUUUAUUGUGUAUUAAAAGUCAACAUAUAUUAUGUAUACAUGGCUAUUUUCUGGUGCGUUUUAAAGUAAAUGUUAUAAGUUUACAGGUAUAGGUGCUGCCAUGUUCAUCCAUUUGAAAUGUUCAGGAUGCGAUUGAUCCUAUGAAAAGCCUCCUUGGUUACUGUUGCUAUGCAUGUCAAGGUUGUAUUUGCAGUCCGGCACAUAUGGAGGUUACACGGAUACAAAAUCAACAUUUAAAUCCAAUAUUUUCAGACUAAGCCAGUGGUGUUGGUGUUGGCAGCUUACCUUGGAGACAUACUGUUUAAUAAGCUUUUUGUACAGCAGAUAUUCUUGACUUGACGCAGUAGGAAAGGCCUAGAAGGACACAGACAGUGCUAAUGUUAUUAGUUACAGAUGUGCUCUUCCUGUUGAAUAUCUGCUUUAAAAAAAAUUAUUGUUAUAUUCAUCACACUUUUGUAAGGAUUGUGCUCAUUAAAAACAAACUCCUAGUUUCCACAUGCACAGCAGUUAUUAUAUUAUUAUUAUUAUUAUUAUUAAGACUCGCUUGACACACCUGCCAUGCCCAAUAAAACUGAUUGGACAAUCAGGUGAGGGCCGUUACAAAGGGUCAAUCGUAUUUGUCAUGGGCUGAUGCAUUCACAUUCCACAUUGAAACACAGCUGAUGUUUGACUGCAGGGAUUAUUAUAUUAUUUUUUCUCAAUUAAGUUUGUUGGACUCAUUGUUUCUGUACUUUUUUAAAGAUUCAUUAUGUACAUUUAAUGAUUGUUGGUUUCCAAGCACAAUAUCGAGACUACCAACGUGGCUAAUAUACUGUAGCUACUAAACACCAAAGCUAUCAGUUGACUAACUACAACCUCUUAACAAAAUCACACUUCAUUUAAAUGAACUGUUAAUCGGUCCAUACAACAAUUACAUGUUUUGGAUAAAAUAUUAUUCAUGUGUUAAUCAGUAAUGUGUUAUUACAUAUGGAUAUUUAUAUA